CCAAUUUGAAAAGUAAAACCCUCCAAUGUUCUCUCUCCUCACAACGUUCAUCGGCCUUGGCACGUAAAAUUCUCGCCGGUGAUUUAGCCACCACCACCUUGUCCAUAUCCAUAACCCCAUUAUUCUUGAUAUUUUUAUUUUUUUAACCUAUAAAAGGACCUGCUUUAUGCGCACAAUCCAUCACCAAAACAAAAGAACAAUAUGGCUUCCUUCUUCAAAGUUGCUUUCUUUUUGUUCGUGGGGUUGAUGGUUAGAGCUUCUAAAGCUCAGCUCUGUCCCACGUUUUACGACGACUCAUGCCCUGACGUAUCCAACAUUGUGCGCGGUGUGGUACAGCAGGCUUUGGAGACCGACGAUCGUGCUGGUGCCAGACUUAUUCGCCUUCAUUUCCACGACUGCUUCGUUGAUGGUUGUGAUGGAUCAGUUUUAUUAGUGAACCAAACCGGCGUAGUGAGUGAGCUUGGUGCUCCUGGAAACGCCAAUAUUACAGGUUUUAACAUUGUUAAUGACAUUAAAGCCGCACUCGAGGAGGCUUGUCCUGGUGUUGUUUCUUGUGCCGACAUCUUAGCCAUAGCUUCUGUGGAAGCAGUUUCCUUGGCAGGUGGACCGUGUUGGGAAGUUCAACUAGGAAGAAGAGACAGCAGAACGGCAAACUUACAAGGCGCAAUCGAUGGGCUUCCGAGUCCCUUUGAGAAUGUUACACAACUUAAACACAAGUUCGGUAGAGUGGGACUUGAUUCUACUGAUCUUGUUGCCUUAUCUGGGGCCCACACAUUCGGGCGAUCAAGAUGCCGAUUUUUCGACAACCGCUUAAACGUGUCCAAUCCAGACAACACGCUGGACGCCACGUAUGCACAACAGCUCCGUCGAGCAUGUAGUGGCAGCAGAGACACGUUUGUGAACCUGGACCCCACCACUCCCGACGACUUCGACAACAACUACUACACAAACCUUCAGUCCAACUUUGGCCUUCUCGGCAGCGACCAGGUACUCUCCUCUACUCCCGGCGAGGACACCGUCCAAAUUGUCGACAUUUUCGCCGGCAACCAGCAGCAGUUCUUCGACAGUUUCGGCCAGUCCAUGAUCAACAUGGGAAAUAUCCGUCCUUUAACCGGUAACCAGGGAGAAAUUAGGUCCAAUUGCAGAAGGCUCAACUAAAAUUUAUUAACUAUAGUGUUAAGUAUUUAAAACCAAAUAUGUGUGGUUCCAUUAUUCCUCUCAACCCAAGUGUAUCAUAAUAUUCAUAUAUAUCUUGUUUUGUGGUGCUUUUAUUAUUGUUCAGGGUAAAAAAGAGCGCGCGUUUUAAUUUCUGUUGUGGCUUCAAAAACCCUGCAUGGGGAUGGCACACGUAUUAUAUUAUUGUUUAUGUAUAUGUACACUAAAAAACGUAUAGUGUUUUUGUUCUAUAUAUGUUCAAUAAAAGUGGUGUCUUUCUACCUAA